GAGAGCGAGCACACGCACCCUCGCUGGGCCGGGCCCUUCCUCGUGGGGGCUUUUACCCGGAGGCCGCAGGGGAGGUCUCAGUGGACUGGGCACCAUCACCCCAGGUGCGUCCUCACAGGGCCGUGGUCCCCACCGAUGGCCUGAGUCCUGGCAGCUGAUGGUCCCACCGUCAGCCAGGGUGCCACUGCACCGGGUGCUGCCGCUGCUUCUCUGGGCGCAGAGCUAACACUCAGCUGAACUGCGACGUCACCACUGCUCUGACCGAGGCCCUGUCUCUUGUCAGACUUGUUCCUGAGGCUACCCAGUGCCCGUCAGAGCCUCGCUGUCCUGUGAGGGCUCGUGGGGGCCCCUUGGCUCCUGCUCUCGGGGGGCUGGGCUGCAGGUGUAGCGACUUGAAAGGCAAGGACAGGUCACCCGCAGGUGAGGGCCGAGCCUGAAGUAGUUGUUUUCCCAGUUUUACCCACUGCUGGGCACCUGGGACUUCCCACAUGCCGUCCAUGCCUGGCCCUCGGCCCCUGCUCUGCUCCUGCCUGCGUCAAGGGUCCUCUGGCCCGGGUACCCCACCUCAGGGCUGCCCCGCCGCCUCGGGCGGGCACCUUGGGAUGCGGAGCCCACAGCAGGAAACUGCGGCAGACUUCCCCAAAGCCCCGUCAGCAUAAAAGUCCGAUGACACACGGAGAGGGGAGUGUAGACUAGACGGUACCCGGUCAGUCCCCGGGAAGCAAGGGUGUCCUCCAGCCCCCUCUCCCCAGGAGAGUGCUGACCACGAGGAGACACCCCCAACGCCCGCCUGGUGUCGGAGGGGCGCCCCGCCUGGCCCUCGGAGCUUCGCCACCUCGGUGCCCCCCUGCAGCACCGGCUCCAGGUCUGUGAAGAGGGCCCCUCACAGCGCCGGGCACCUGUGGGGCGCCAGGAGCUGGCAGCCGCCAGCUCACUGUGAGGCUCCAUGAGGAAGUGCUCCUGCCUCUCGCCUGCCCUUCUCCAGGUCCCGCCAGGGAGUGCCCCUGAGCAGAGGGGCUGAGUCCCCGGCCACUCUCUGGCCCCUUCCUCCUGCAGGUGGCCUGGCCACCUCAGCCAACCAGCCCCUCGGGCCCCGGCCUCAGGCCUGCAUCCCCCGGGGCUGCUGCACAGGGGUGGGGGGUGGGGUAGGGGGAGGCCGCCUCCUGCUCAACCAGAAUAUGCCCCGAAUGGGGGGCUCAGAGCCCCUCUGAGAGGGAGGUUUGCACUCGGGGAUUUCCAGGGUAAGCGAAGCAGGAAGGGCAGACGGCCCGUUGCUGUGGCCCUGGGCACCCUGAGCUGACCACAUGGGGCUGGCCAUCAGACGCGCAGCUGAGGACAGCCACUAGAUGCACUCCUGGGCUGUGGUCCUGGCUGGCCGUGUGCCCUUCUGUCCCAGAGGGGGUCCCUGGGCAGCGCCCCACAGUGUCCACUACACCUUCCCAUCUUGACAGGGCACGCUCCUGGACCCCCAGGCGGUGGUCCAGGGUCUCUGGUUCUCCCGGGCGUGGCGGGCUUGCUGCCCGCCCUGAACCGCAGGGGCUUCCUGUGCAGGGCUCCCCUGCAGGUGUCAACCACAGAUGUCCGGGAGCAGGGGCUGCCGCCCGCCAAGGCGGCCAUGGGUGCGAGGCGGGGACGCCCCCGCUCCAUCCGGCCCUGGGCUCUGGGCUGCUGCAAUGUGGCCAGGAAGGGUGGGUGGCAGGUGCCACACACUGCAGGCAGGGCAGCCGGGGCACACUGGGCACAGAUGUCACGGGAUGGGUGACCCCACCUUCUGGAGGAGACUGUGAAGGUGGUGACCAGCGGAGCAGCCUGGCUGUGUACAGAGGGGCCCCAGCUUGAGUCCUCAAGGCCCUGGCUGACCCAGGGUCAUGGUGUCGGAGGCCGACGCCCCCGCCAGCAGCUCCAACAGCUGCAGCACAGACAGGGGCGCCUGGUCGCAGGUGGCGACCAGCGCCUCCAUCUGCCUCAUCCUGGCGCUGGGCCUGCUGCUGAACGCCCUGGCGCUCUGGGUGUUCUGCUGCCGCCUGCGCCGCUGGACGGAGACCCGCGUCUACAUGGUCAACCUGGCCGCGGCCGACUGCCUGCUGCUGCUGAGCCUGCCGGGGAUCCUGCACACGCUGGGCCAGGCGCCAGGGGCCCAGGAGGGUGCCCUGUGCAGGGUCCUGCAGAGCUUCUACUACAUCAACACCUACAUGAGCAUGUGGCUCCUCACGGCCAUCGCCGCCGACCGCUACGCUGCCGUGAAGUUCCCGCUGCGGGCCCGGGCCUGGCGCAGCCCCCGCCAGGCCGCCCUCACCUGUGCGGCCCUCUGGGUGCUGGUCAUCGUGGCUGUGGCACUGCCCGCGGCCUGGCUGGGCCCAGGGGAGAGCUUCUGCUUUGGGAAGGGCCGCACACGGGGCCCCAGGGCCCUGGUCUUCUCCCUGCUCCUCUUUGUCCUCCCGCUGGUCGUCCUGAGCUUCUGCUCCGGCCAGGUGCUCCGGCACCUCCUCCGCCAGUGGGCGCGGGCGCAGCCCCCGGCCACCGCCCCCAUUCUCAAGGCCAUCUGCGUGGUGGCAGCCGGCCUGGCCACCUUCAUGCUCUGCUUCCUCCCGCUGCACGUGGCCUUGCUGGCCAAGCUCGUGGCCCAGUGGACGGGCGCGGCCUGCCCCACCGUCCAGAGGCUGGCGGCCUUCGUGCAGGUGGCCUCCCGCAUGGCCAAUGCCAACUGCUGCCUGGAUGCCGUGUGCUACUACUUUGUGGCCUCGGAGUUCCAGGAGGAGGCGGGGGCUGUGCUCGCCAGGCCCUGGCCUUUUGCAGGGAGGGCGUCGGGCACUGCUGCUUGCGGCCCCCCUGACCUGGGCACCCAGGAGAGGGCCAUAGGGGGGAGCUCGCUGGACCCGCUGUCGUCCCACAGCCACAGCGUCCGUGAGAAGCAGCCGCCCUCGGCGCAGUGGGAGGAGGCACCGUCUCAGGCUGUGGGUCCUGGGCCGGCUCCCCCUCUGCCGGUGGGGUCUGACCUCAACACUGAAGGGCUGUGACCACCCGGGUCUUUCUCCUCCGAGCCUCUCCUUUGUCCCGCCUCGCGCUCGAUGGUGCAGAGUGACCCGUUUACUCCAGGUGACCCUCCCAGCACCGGACAUUCUGGGGAGGGUGUCGCAGGAAAAAGAGCCCUCAUCUCUCCUGUCACCUCCGAGUCACAACCAGACACCAAAGUCUGCUGCGGCUGCGGCUCGGGCCUCUCUGCAAGCCUUCGGCACCUGCUCGAGCCCCAGGCCGGCAGGGCGCCUCUGUCUUCUGAGCUGGGUCCCAGUUGAAGGGACACAGCUGCAAAUGAGUUUAAAGAAAUUCUUUUUUUUUCUGAUUAAAAAAAAAGACUUUAUUUAUUUUUAGAGAGAGAGGAAGGGAGGGAGAAAUGGAGGGCAAGAAACAUCCAUGUGUGGUUGUCUCUCGUGUGCCCCAUACUGGGGACCUGGUGGGCAACCCGGGCAUGUGCCCUGACUGGGAAUCAAACUGGCAACCUUUCAGUUUGCAGGCUGGUGCUCAGUCCACUGAGCUACACCAGCCAGGGUGGAGUGUUCCCGACAAUGCUGAAGUCUUCUGGAAUAGAGACUCCAACCCUCACACACCUCCAACGGCGGCUGCGUGCCCUGCUUUACUGCGGCGAUGCCCACGGGCCCGGUGUCUCCUGCUAAUUUACCCACAGAAUGCACUGUCUGAGCGCCCACAGUUUCCGUCCUGUGUGGACGCAGCUGUGUGGGGAGCCAAGGGACUUUCCGUGGGGACAGACAUGCCGGCCGUCCUCCCACCUUGGGCCCCGUGCCGCCUCCUGGGGAGAUCCCCUUUCCUCCCACAGCCUCUGCUCCGUGUGCCACUGCAGCUCCGCCCCGGCCCACGCGGAGCCUCCCCGCAGGGGAGCUGGUUGGCGCCACCGCCCUGUGUGCCUCACCUCUGUCUGGAAGCCUCUGCCCCACCCCGUCAGGCCCACGGGAGGGAGGAGGCACCGCCAGGCGGUCAGGGAGCCAUGGAAGGGGGGGGUCUCUCCCUCCUCCGCUGCCUCCUUGGAAGCCCAGGUGGGUGACCAGGACCUGUCCCUUCUCAGCUGGAAGAGAGGGUGGGGCCUGCGGCUGGGGGUUCCCAGGACCCGAGCUGAGGAGACUCUGUCCCCUCGCCUGCGGGGAGAAGGC